AUGCUUGUGGUUAAUACUGAAGUUGAACCUGAUGAUGAAUCAAGAUUUAGUCAACUGAAAGACCCAGAAAUGGUAAACCAAAAUGUUCAAAUUGAAAUACCAUCUAUACGCGUUGUUGGAGAGAUCUGGAAAGUUAACGUUUGGUUAGUUCACAAGUGA